AUGUUGCUAGAUGCCUACGCUGCAAAUUGCAGCACAACUUGGAUCACGUCUCAGGCUGAAGCAGAUACGCUUCGUCAGAAUUGUCCAAUUGUCUGGGGUCAUGUUGGCAUCGGUCCAUUUGAGGGCAAUGACACUGUCCACAUUAAUCUCGACGGUAUCCAACAUAUCGUCGGCACCCUCGGGGAAUCCCCUCUUUUCAUGGAACGCUAUAGCACUCAGCCCGAAUACACGCUCUCCGCUUCAUCUUUACAGCGAGUUGAUGCGGUCGAAUUUGGACUCGUCAGUACGAAGAUAGUGAACCUCACACUUCCUAGACUCGUUUACGCGAAUGACUACGUGAAUAUAGGGCGACGUGCCCUCGACCUCACCUACCUGGAUAUCACGAAUUUGCAUUCCGCGCGUAGCAUUACGCUUGGCGCCCCGGAUCUCAGGACGCUCCAUCACACAAGGUUACGCAAUGUGACAACCCUAUGGAUUUACCCGAUGCAAAUCGAAUCGCUCGAUAGUUUGUCUGACAAUGAGCUUGAUAUGGAGGACGUUUACAUAUACGGUCCAUUCCCGAACAUCAACAACAUUCCUAUUGGAUUCAGCUCUGUCCAGUACUUCGUAAUCUCUGCCAAUUCCUCUCUCACGCUAGGAGGCUCCUCGACAAAGAACAUGACCAUCAAUCAACUCUACCUCAAAAGUGUUACGGGGCUUAAGCGUAGCACAAAGCUUGAGACACUUGAGGCCGAUCAUCUCGAGAUAUCAAACUCCUUUCUCAUCCCGCAUCUCGAAAUCCCGUUUGAUAAUCUCAGUGAUCUUACCAUCUGGGAUGACGAUAGAAAGAUUCUGAAAUCCAUCACACUCCCCCCCCAAAGCUGUCAACUGGACAGUGGCCCUGAUCUAAAUUUGACGUCGAUAUACGGUGCCGAUGACCAAGGCAAACGCAUUCAGACUUGGUACUGGCCAAAGAAUGUCUCUGGCAUUCAUAUUGCAGGCGCCACUGUAGGAAAUGCAUUUUUUGAACCCUUUGUCGCCCAACAAAUGAGCCCCAGCAAUGACCUUCCUCCUUCGAAUUUACAAUACUUCCGGGUUUUUUCAUCGCCGAACUCUACCAGUUUUAAUUGCACGAUCUUCCGUGAGCUCGAGGAUAUCGGUCGCUUGCCAAGCGAUAAAUCUAACUUUGAGUGCGACGAUUACCACCCUAGCAGCAGCACCAGCAGUGAUACCAGCGGUGCUAUUCCUAUUCAAGCACCAAUCACCCUCAGCCUUGUUAGUGCCAUGCUUGGGAUUUGUAUCUGGAUGCUGUGA